UAUAUUACUACAUAUUCUAUAAACAAUGUCAGAAACAUUAAUAGAUGAAAGAGUAACUGAUGAAAUUGAAGCAUUAAAAGCGAUUUUACUUGACGACGAGUUAAAUAUAAAGGAAAAUGACAGAGGUGAACCAGAAUGUAUUAAAACUGUGUUAUUUCCUUCAACUGGUGAAGAUUCACAGUCUCAGUAUGUUUGUGUAACAUUGAUUGUUCAGUUACCUGUGGGAUAUCCUGAUAUAUCACCUACUAUUAGUCUCAGAAAUCCCAGAGGUUUAGAUGAAAAUACAGUGAGGCUUAUGCAGUCAGAUGCAGAAGCAAAAUGUAAGGAUUUCAUAGGUCAACCAGUUAUGUUUGAACUUAUUGAGUUAAUAAGAGAACAUCUUACAAGAAGUAAUCUUCCAACUGAUCAGUGUGCCAUAUGUUUGUAUGGUUUUCGGGAAGGAGAUGAAUUUACAAAAACUGAAUGUUAUCAUUAUUUUCAUUCACACUGUUUAGCAGCACAUGUUGCUGCUGCAGAACGAUAUUAUAGAGAAGAGCAAGAAAAAUUGCCACAGUGGCAACAAGAUGCUCCCAAUAAAUUUCAGGCUAUAUGUCCUGUUUGUCGAGAAUCCAUUAAUUGUGAUGUAGAAAGUUUGUGGUCUGCUCCACCGCCAAUUGAUGUUGAAGCUGCUAUAGACUUUUCAGUGACUGCAGAGCUAAGAGAGUUACAAAAACAAAUGGCAGCUUUAUUUUUAAGACAACAAGAAAGGGGUGGUAUAAUUGAUUUAGAAGCUGAAGGUGUAAAAACAUUGGUUAGAACAGAAGAUGAAUCUGGUGCUACUACUGAAGGACUCAAUCCUCCAGGAACCAGUUUAAAUGCAUAUUCAAAUCAAACUCUGCAACCUGUUAAUCAUAUGCAAAUGCCACAAUCAAAACAAUCCUCACAUCCGACACAGAAUCAUGCCCACUAUCAAUCAAGACAACUACAUCAUAAUUACGAUAGGCAUAAUAAUCAUGGUCAUCGAAAUAGAGGUCGUGGACGAGCUCAUUAUCGUCGUCAGUUUGACAGAGUUAGGCAGACGGAAUCUACUCCCAGAUGA